AUGAUGCAACGUGAUACGUUUGCCGUGCUAUGGAGAUUGGCAAUAAGACACCCGGAAUCUAGCGUGAAAAUGAUUCCAAUGGAGGAGAUCUUCGAUGAUGAGAGGACUGAUGACGAUCUUUGGUAUAAAGACUAUAUGCCAAACUUCCAAUUCCUACCGAAGGAUCGGCUCCCAAGUGGAGCAAAGGGUGGAAUAACCUACACCACUAUUGUCCUUGACCCAGGCAUCUUUCUCCCUUGGCUGAAACGGAAUCUCGAAUCUUCGGGUGUGGACUUCAAACGUAUGACUCUGCACUCUUUGUCAGAUGCCUAUCACCUUGGCCAUGACAUUCUCAUCAAUGCCACUGGGGCUGGUCCUAUUUACUUGGACGAUAUUCAAGAUGAUAAUAUGGAGCUCCUCAAAGGACAGAUCAUGAUCAUCAAGAGCGAUUACAAAAAAUGUUUCAUGCGCGACGAUGGCAAAAACUACACUUAUGUCAUACCUCGUCUUGAUGGUAAGAUCGUGAGAAGGAUCCACCGCAGCCUUCCUGAACGGUUCUCUAUAGAUCUGUCAGAUUACGACAUCGUGGGGCACAAUGUAUGCAUUCGACCGUACAGAUCUUCAGGGAUGCGUAUUGAGAAUGAAGUCAAAGAUGGUCAGAAAAUCGUCCAUGCUUAUGGUACGUCGUGUAUAGUGCGGACGCCUCUUAUUGGAACUAUCGAAGGCUGA